AUGAAGAAAAUAAAGUCCAUUGUGAAUCCACGUUGUUCAACUCCACCACAUGUUUCAAAUGAGAACAUAUCAUCCACUACAUCAACAGUUACUACUGUACAAGAAGUUGGAAAUAGAUUCAAAUUUGUUGAACGUGAGGAACAGAUGAGACUAUACAGGGAAUUAGUACAGAAUGCAUUUGAAAUUUGGCAAACCUACCACACAAAAUGUACAUAUUCAAAGGAUGACUACAAAAAGAAUAUUAUAAUUCCAGUGAUAGGAGGGGCUAGUGGUAUUGGAAAGACAAGAUUUUUAAAUGAAAUUGUGAGGUGGAUGAAGGAUCGUGUGGAUUAUGCUAACAGUCCACAAAAAAAAAUAUAUCCUAACAAUGAAACUACUGAUGAGCAGAAGGCUGGUCUAGAUAGGAUUCAGAGAAUGUCUGCAGAAAAUUUAUCGGAGAAACUUAAAAACCUUGCUGAAAUGUUGAUCAUGGCAUACAUAAACCGAGUUGGGUCAAUUGAUAAAGACACUUUAAAAAAAAUCCAAAGACAGUCUGAUCCAUUUGAGAUAGUAGCAAAUAUAUUCUAUGAAUUGGAAUCAACAGACAAGGAACUACCAAUCAUAUUUCUGAUACACAUGGAUGAAACACAAAUCCUACAAGAACAACAAUUGCGACAAGUGAUUUCAAAAUUUACAUCUUUGCAAAUGAAAAACAAUAAAAUUCUCUUUCUGCCAACAUUAUCAGGACUUGAUGUUGCUCUACUUGAACAAUCAGUCAAUACCAGUGGAACUAGUUAUAAAUGGAUUCAAUUACCAUUACUUCGGGUCAAUCAUUAUAUGGAAAUCUUGGAUGAAUUGUUUGUGGACAAACUUUCACUUAGGGAAAAUCCUUCAGUUCAAAAUGCUUUGAAGGAUAUUGAAGGGCCUCCUAGACUAUUGCAAAUGCUCUUACAUUAUGCUGCAUUAUUUCAUCAUCAUGAAAAUCCAAUUCCUUAUAAAUUUUAUAAUGCACCCUUAAAUAUCGAAGAUGCAUACCAAACCCUCUCAGUUGCUAAUUCAAAUACAUGGUUUAGAAUCUUUCAAAUGAUGUCUUUACAAUUCCAUAAAAUAGAUGGUUCACUUAAAACAGUCAUGCUAUUAUUAGAAGAAAAUUUAUACCCACUUGUUUAUGGUUAUUCCAUUAUCGACAAGCCUGUUUUAUUAAGAACAGUCAUUGGAAAUACAACAGUAAAUGAGUUAGUAAAAAAAGGUUUAGUUUUUAUUCGUGAAGUAGAUAUAUCCUCAAAAGAGUUCCUUCCAUCAAAAGUUAACAAAGUUGUUGGAGUUUGUCCAGGGUUGUAUCUUCAUUUACCAUUCAUAUAUUUGCAUUUGAUAUCUCAAUAUGUAACAAAAGAAAUGGAUUGCCCAAUAUUGUCCUUGAUUAAUGAGUGGGGUCGAGAAGAAUUAACUCCUGAAGAAGCAGAACGUUUAAGUAUAAACAUGCUACUAUUUCGUGUAUAUUUGCUAAGAUCGUUAAAAUAUGAACAAGUUGGACUUGUAGAACUUAUUGAAAGUUAUUCUGCAAUAUUAGAUGCUGAUGUAUCAUUGCAUAAAAUUCGUGUUAAUAUCUCUUCAGGAAAUUGUAUUGUUCACCAUGCAUCAAAAUCAUUAACUUCAAAAAAUUUCAUUAGUUAUGGAAAGAGAAUAACUGAAGAAAAGGAUUAUAAAGAUUUUGUUUCAAUAAUCAACAAACCUAAAGCUCUAUCUAUGGAUUGGGCUGUAACAUUUUUCAAUAGCAAAAACAUUCCAACUUUUCUAUCUCAAGCUCCUGAUCUUCCACAUCUAAGAUCUCAAAGUGAUAAAUCUCAAAGUGAUAAUAAUCUUUCACAGAACCUUGCAUAUAAAAAUGAUGAUGAUGACAAUAUGGAUAUUAAUGAUGACCUUCCAAAGCAUCUAAUUCUUAUGGGACAGGAUAAAAGAUUUAUAGUAACCUCAUUAACUCAAUCAAUGAUUAGAAAUGAGAUUCAAAAGAUUCAGAAGGUAGUAAAUGACAAUAAUAAUUAUGGAUUUAUUCUCCUCAUUAUUACAGAUGCUAUUCCUUCUAAAAUUGAUGAAAAAUUGCGAAAACACAUAAUUCUUAUAUCUUCAGAGGAAAUUUGUUGGUAUUUUGGUGGUGUUAUUGCUGAUAAACGUAAAAGAAUUCUUGAGAGUAUGCAAAAAGAAUAUAGAGUUUAA